UUAAAAGGGCCACCCACUUCUGAAGUUGCCCUCCAGCCGAGAGAAUUCCCCUUUUCUGAAGUUGCCCUCCAGUCGAGAGAGUUCCUAAAAAAGACCUAUCUUCCUCUGCCACUCUCAAUCCUCGCAGGUACUAAUCUAAUCACAUUGAUAUUAUUUUUUUUGCAACCCCCGUUUGAUUCCCAAGAAAAUCCAUCCCCCAUUCGAUUUCCGGGAAAAUUCAUCCUCGUUUGAUUUCCGAGAAAAUCCAUUCAAAACCCCCAAAGAAAACCAAAAAUUUGCUUUUCUUUUGCUCCCUGUGUUUUCUGGAUCUGUUUUAAGGGUCUCUUUGCUGUUGUGCCAUUGGAUUUAAAUUUCACGAACCCUAAAUCCACGAUUUUUGAGCCAGAUUUUGUAUCCUGUCCGCGGGCUGGACUGGUAGGAAAUAUCGUGAAAUUUUCCGAAAAAUCGGUAAAAAUACCGAAAUAUCGGCGAUAUUUUCGGCGAUUUUUUUAAAUUCUCCUCCAGUUGCUCCGCGCGUCAGAUCCACUCGCGAUUUUUCUCCGAUAAAUCGGUGCUUCAUCGAUAUUUCGCCGAUAUAUCGGCGAUUUUGCCGAUUUUUGCCGAUUUUUCCGUCAAUCGAUAAUCGGUGUCGAUUAUCGUUUCGGUGCCGCCCGAUAUCCGAUAUUUCCCGAUUUUUCAAUCCCUGCUCAUAACACAAGAUUUCCAUUUAAAACCCCCUUAAAACCCUAGCUACAGAGUCCACCGGCAGCGCCUGCGUCGAAACCUGCCCAACACCUCCAGGUCGGGUUAAAGGCUUGCUGGAUCAGAGUCUAAACCAUCUGGCAAGUUGGUUUUCUGUGGGACGUAACGGUGGAGAGUCUAGAGCUGGUGAAGCGCUUUGUUCUCUGCCCUGGGUGUCUUUAGGGGAGGAGAAACUCAGUUUCGAACUGGUCGCCGGAAGUAAGCCCUCUGCGGGUCGGUUGGCCGAGACCAAGAGAGAACGCUCAGACCGGUUAUCUGAAUUGGAAUAUAUCUCCAAUGGAGAUUAAUUUGGGAAAACUUCCAUUCGAUAUUGAUUUCCAUCCUUCCAACACGCUCGUUGCUGCAGGUCUGAUUAAUGGAGACCUGCACUUGUAUCGUUAUGGUGCCAAUUCCUUACCACAAAGGCUAUUGGAGGUUCACGCCCAUGGCGACGAAUCUUGUAGAGCUGUUCGUUUUAUCAACGAGGGACAUGCAAUUGUGACCGGUUCUCCAGACCUCUCAAUUCUUGCCACAGAUGUGGAAACUGGAUCAGCUAUUGCUCGGCUUGAACAUUCUCAUGGGGCUGCCAUUAACCGAUUGAUCAACUUGACUGAAACAACCAUUGCCUCAGGAGAUGAUGAAGGAUGUAUUAAGGUAUGGGAUACCCGACAACAAUCUUGCUGCAACUCCUUCGACUCUCAUGAAGAAUAUAUUUCAGAUAUGACUUUUGCAUCUGAUUCCAUGAAACUUUUGGGAGUGAGUGGAGAUGGGACUCUAUCUGUUUGCAAUCUUCGAAGAAAUAAGGUCCAAGUUCAGUCUGAGUUUUCAGAAGAUGAGCUACUGUCUGUUGUUAUAAUGAAGAAUGGUCGAAAAGUUAUUUGUGGAACACAGAGUGGAGCUCUAUUACUGUAUUCAUGGGGCCAUUUCAAGGAUUGCAGUGAUCGCUUUAUUGAUCUCUCUCCAAACUCUGUUGAUGCUUUAUUGAAGCUUGAUGAAGAUAGGGUCAUUACUGGAUCUGAGAAUGGACUCAUCAGCCUGGUAGGCAUAUUACCGAACAGAAUAAUCCAGCCAAUUGCAGAGCAUUCAGAAUAUCCUGUUGAGCGCCUUGCUUUUUCUUUUGAUAGAAAGUAUCUUGGCAGUAUAUCACAUGACCAGAUGUUGAAGCUAUGGGAUUUGGAUGAUCUAUUGCAAGGUUCUGGAAGUACUCUUAGGAGUCAAGAAGCCAUGGCAGACAGUGAUAGCGAUGAAAUGGAUGUGGAUGCUAAAGAGACCAAAAGAAAAACAGCGAGUAAUGGACAAGCUCUUAACAGCUCUAGUAGCUUUUUUGCCGACUUGUAGCGAAAUGAUAGAACCAAUCCUUUUACAACUUGGUGGUAACUGGUAACUGAACAUUUCUGAGAGAGUCCUCAUUCACAAUUUCAGAGGCAUACCUUGAUCCUGUAUGUUGGAAGAAUGCUUUGGUUACUAGGAAUAAAUAUUGUCGUGGGUGAAGUGUGUUUUUUAUACAUGUUAAGAGGAACCAAGAGGAUUACAACAUUUCAAAGUUUUGGUUUAUUUAUUACCUUGUAUUCUUAUGAAACAAGUGUUGUUAUUAUCCAUAUUAUCAACAAUGAAAUGAAGAAAUUGAUUCCAUUCUUA